GUAGAGCAAGUGAAAUUAUUAGAUAGGUUUAGCACGAGCAAUAAGUCACUGACGGGAACGCUAUACCUUACAGCAACUCAUCUGUUAUUCAUAGAUUCAAGCCAGAGAGAGACAUGGAUACUACAUCAUCACAUUGCUGCAGUGGAAAAACUUCCCUUGACUACUUCUGGCUGCCCCCUUGUCAUCCAGUGCAAGAACUUCAGGAUAGUUCACUUUGUUGUUCCCAGGGAGAGAGAUUGUCAUGACAUCUAUAACUCUUUGCUUCAGCUGUCAAGAACAGCAAAAUAUGAAGAACUGUAUGCCUUCUCCUAUAAUCCAAAACAAAAUGAAUCUGAGCAACUCAAAGGCUGGCAGCUUAUUGAUCUAGCAGAAGAAUAUAAGAGAAUGGGAGUGCCAAAUGCAAACUGGCAGUUGUCUGAUGCAAAUCGUGAUUAUAAGAUUUGUGAAACCUAUCCUAGAGAACUUUAUGUUCCCAGAACUGCAAGCAAGCCCAUAAUUGUUGGUAGCUCCAAGUUCAGAAGCAAAGGAAGGUUCCCAGUGUUGUCAUAUUAUCAUAAAAAUAAAGAGGCUGCAAUUUGCAGAUGCAGUCAACCUCUCUCAGGUUUCAGCGCCAGGUGCCUGGAAGAUGAACACAUGCUGCAAGCCAUCAGUAAAGCUAAUCCUUCAAAUCGCUACAUGUAUGUCAUGGACACCAGGCCAAAGCUUAAUGCAAUGGCAAACAGAGCUGCUGGGAAGGGCUAUGAGAAUGAAGACAACUACUCUAACAUUAGGUUCCAGUUUGUUGGCAUUGAAAACAUUCAUGUAAUGAGAUCCAGCUUACAGAAACUUUUGGAAGUCAGUGGCACAAAGGGCUUGUCAGUCAAUGACUUCUUGUCUGGUUUGGAGAAUUCUGGAUGGCUGCGUCACAUCAAAGCUGUGUUGGAUGCUGCUGUCUUCUUAGUCAAGGCAAUAGCAGUUGAGAGUGCAAGUGUGUUAGUGCACUGCUCAGAUGGCUGGGAUAGGACUUCCCAAGUUUGUUCUCUUGGAGCUCUCUUGCUAGAUUCCUAUUAUAGAACAAUCAAAGGAUUCAUGGUCUUGAUAGAGAAAGACUGGAUCUCUUUUGGGCACAAGUUCUCUGACAGGUGUUCUCAGUUGGAUGGUGAUCCGAAAGAGAUCUCACCAGUCUUCACCCAGUUUUUAGAAAGCGUGUGGAAUCUGACUGAGCAGUUUCCACAAGCCUUUGAGUACAAUGAAGCUUUCCUCCUUCAGAUCCAUGAGCAUGUCCAUUCAUGCCAGUUUGGCAACUUCCUUGGAAACUGUCAAAAAGAGCGAGAAGAACUAAAAUUAAAGGAGAAGACAUAUUCCUUGUGGCCAUUCCUUCUGGAAGAACAAAAGAAAUAUCGAAAUCCUCUGUAUAAUCCAGACUUUUCUCCAGAACUAACUCUUUUGGAGCCUAAUACAGUAUCAUUCAAUUUUAAGUUUUGGAGAAAUAUGUAUCAUCAGUUUGAUCGAAGCAUGCAUCCCAGGCAAUCCGUGUUCAAUCUUAUAAUGGACAUGAGUGAACAAAAUAAACAGCUGGAGGAAGACAUUAAAGAACUGGAAGCUAAAAUAAAGCAGAGAAAUGGGCAGCCAGAUGCAGUCCUUGUGAAGGAACAUCAGCAGCCUACUCAUCCUGCACCUGUGGCACUGAAGACUCCUCCAUGUUUCAAGAAGGAGCAGCCACUGAUCCCUGUGAAUGAUGCUGUAAGAACUAUAGAGGGCAGCAACACAGCAGACAAUCGCUACAGUGAAUAUGUGGCAGAGUUCUCAAAAGCUGAACCUGCUGUUGUCAGUUUGGAGUAUGGAGUGGCCAGAAUGACCUGCUAAUUAAAAUCCGGCACCGUGCUCCUCUUCUAGACUGAAUUAAGAGAUGGAUUAUCUUGAGGAUGGUUUUCUGCUGCAUGACCAAAACAUGAUUUGUAUAUCAGCAAGUUUUGUUAACGUAGACUAGAACAGCAUGCUAGUUGUCACGUUUGCUGUUCUUUUAA